CGCUGCCAUCUUGAACGGUGUACACAUAAAAAAGUCCAUUCUGCGAAAAUGUCUUGCAAAAUUCUUCAGAGACUUGUAAAAACAAAUAUAUCAAACACUCUUUUAACAUAUUCAUGUUGCCGGACGUUGAAACUACAGAGUGUCGUACAUGCCAAGAAAGGAGUUGGAGCUGCACCAGCAAAAAAGAAACAGUUUGAUGUUGAGACAGAUCCGAAGGUUUUGUGCACACGGCUUUGUGGCGGUAACAUCUACAAGGAAGGAGAAGAUCCGGUUCUAGGACCGGAUGAAGAGUAUCCGGAAUGGCUGUGGGAAUUACGGUUGGAGAAAACAGCAAUACCUCUAGAAGAACUCAGUGAAGAUGAUCCUAGAUACUGGAGAAGAUUAAAGAAAUUAACUCUUAGACAAAAUAAUGCCAAGAGAUAUGUGAAGAAACUUUAGUUAAGAAGAUAGAAAAAAUAUUGAACAUUGAAAUAUAAUGUAUAAUAUGAUGAAUUAAUAUUUUACUUUGGAACAGAAUCUGAUUUUAUUUCUGAGAGAAGAAAAUGGCAAAAUAUACUUGCAAAGCAGAAUGACAGUUAAUGUUGGCUUUACUACCUUUUUAGUUGUGAGAUUAAUCCAGCUAUCCAAAUUCAUAGAAAGGUGUUUUCAGAUUGAUUUGUUCAAAUGAAAUAUUAUAAAUAGUAUGUCAUGCUAAUAAAAUGAAUGUUAAAAUCA